UCGCGCUGCACCUGCGAGACUAAAAGCUGAAAAAAUUAUAGAAAAGUUGGUAAAUCAGUGAAAUUCGAGUUUAGACAUUCAUUCGAGUCUAAAACCGGAAACCAGCAACAUAAAUAACACAUUUAGGGGCAAAGUUUCCGUCUUCAGGUUUAACUUUUGUAAAAGUGAUAUGUCUGAAGCAUCUGAUGGUCAUACCAACCACGGAGGAGCUGUUACUCCUCCUUCCUGCUCCACUCCGUUAUCUUGUCACCGCAGCUUAACCCGAUCAUGGCUGUUGGUUGGAUCUCCACUUGGGCCUUCUUCCAGUGGUUGUCGCAUAAAUCCAGAUGAGGGCUCUGGGGACCAUCUCACUGAGAUGUGGUUAAACAAUCCACCAUCUGGUCUGUAUGAAGAGCUGUUUUGUACCAGCCAAGUUUCCAUCCCUCUGGUGCCUCUGGCGGGUGCUUUGAUGGUCUCCUCCAGACCAAUGAGUGAUGUGGUGAAAGAAGGUUAUCUGGGGAAGCUGGAGCGGAGCAACAGGAGAUACUUUGUCUUAAGAGCAGGAAGUCACACCGGGCCGAGCCGACUGGAGUGGUACAAGAGCCAGGAGAAGUUCACAGUGAUGGAGAAGUCUGCGAGGAAAGCUGGAUUGUGUGGGUCUAACAAGCAGGGGGUCAUUUACCUUCGCUGCUGUCUUGGUGUGAGUCGGAUCGGCAGUUCCCGUAAAGGCCACACGUUAGCGCUGUACGACAAGGAUCAGACUCUGGUGCUGCUGAUGGAGGACCAAGAGCAACAGGAAGAAUGGUAUGCAGCCAUUAAGAGCCUGGUUGAGGAGGAGCAGAAGGAUGAAGAGCAUGCAGAAGGGGUUGAUGAAGACGAUGGGUAUUGCACUCUGCCGCCUGCAGCUUUCUUCAAAGAGGUUUGGUCUGUCAUGGUGAAGCCCAGAGGUCUGGGCAGCUCCAAACACUUCACAGGGGAGAUCAGGCUCUGCCUCACAGCGACGGCUCUUGUUUUGGUCCGAUUGGGUGCUACUAAUGACUUCCCAUCAGUUACGAUACCUUUACUGAGCGUUCGCCGCUUUGGACAUUUGGAUGGCCUUUUCUUUAUGGAGCUCGGCAGGUCGGCACCCAACGGUCCUGGAGAGAUCUGGAUGGAGGCAAGAGAAGAGGCAGGAGAUGCAGCGGUGGCUCAGCACAUUCACGAGGCAGUCAGAGGAGCAGUCCAAGCUCUACGAGCUCUCCCAGACUUCAGCAGGUCUCCAACCUCCAGUCACCAUCAACAGCCCGGCCUUCUGGCCUCAAAACGCUGCCGACCCAAAUACAGAGACAAGUCGGUUCAUCCAAGACCUCUCACUAGUCAGACCAGUCCUGCACAAAGUCCUCGAAGACCUCCCAAACCCGAUGACACAAAAUCUGAGUCCUGCUUGAGCUUCACCUCUUUCAUCAGUCCUCCUAGACUCCAGCGGGGUUCUGAGCCCGACAGAUUUCUAGGGUCAAAAACCGACCUCUGUGGAGACGCAGCCAGUAGGAUGCAGAGAUGGGAGUCGGUGGAGAAGGGGGAAGGGUUGGGGUACAUGCUCAUGUCUCCUCAGGUCAGCCACAGUUUAUCAGAGUUGGUUCAGGAGGAUUAUGUUGUCAUGGAGAGUCCACAGAAACCCCACCGGCCAACACAAUCCUUCUCCUCCUCCUCAUCUUCCUCCUCCCUUCAGACAUCAUUCAGCAGCUCCACCUUUGAUGGCUGCUCCCCUCCAUAUCCAUCACAGCAUCAAGACCGUCAGCCCAGCUGGCGUCUGACUUGUGUCCAGCAGUCGGAAACAGAAAAGGACCCGUCAGAGACCAGCUGUUCUGCUGAAUCCCAGGAUGAUGCCAAAGAGAAGCAAAACUCUGCUCAGAUGAAAGAAGAGCACGGAGGCUCAGCUCUAACUGCUCCUUUUGACUUGAUUGGAUCAGGCAGCACAAGGCCUCCACAGUAUCGUCCAAACUGUGAUGGAAGUCGGUCCAGUCAUCUCCAAGCUGUACAAGAGCUGUCUCCGAUAAGAAGAUACUGGCCGUCAAUGUGUCUCCUGGCUUGUCUUCAUGUGGAGGACAACUCUUGAACAAUCGUAGUAAAAAAUCACUUCAAGAACUAAAGUAGAACAGCUUAUUUUCCCAUGGAUGAAGAGAAUUCACAAGAUGUUCCAGAACAUUUUUUUCUUCACUUCAGCUGAAGAAUAAGAACUAAGAAAAGUAACAAAUGUCCCAAGAAACAUUAAAAAUAAAGAAGUUUGAAUAUUAAGUUAAUAAAAAAACUGCAGAAGAAUUGAGUUGUUUGAUGUUCAGAUCUUAAUGUUACUGUUUCAGAUGUGGAAGGAGAAUAAAGAGAGCGGUUGUGCUGAA